AUGGUCGAGAUCCGUAAGAGCAAGAGGGAGGAGAGCCUCCUGAAGAAGCGCAAGGAAGGAAUGCAGGCUCAAGUAGAGCUGCCCAAAAUUCCUGUCGCAACUGUCGAGAAGAAGUUGGAGAGCCUUCCGGCUAUGGUACAAGGCGUAUGGUCAGAAGAUCCACCGGCUCAGUUGGAAGCAACGACGCAGUUUAGGAAGCUGCUUUCGAUCGAACGUAGUCCGCCGAUCGAAGAGGUCAUAAAGGCUGGCGUUGUGCCCAGAUUCACGCAGUUUUUGCAGAAGUAUGACUUCCCUCAACUUCAGUUCGAAGCAGCGUGGGCUUUGACCAACAUCGCUUCUGGUACCUCUGACCACACCCGCGUGGUCAUCGAGCAUGGGGCAGUCCCUAUAUUCGUUCAGCUUCUUAGCUCUCCCAGUGAUGACGUCCGCGAGCAGGCUGUAUGGGCACUCGGUAACAUCGCAGGCGAUUCGCCCAAGUGCCGGGAUCUUGUUCUGAGCCACAACGCCAUGGGACCGCUGCUUGCUCAGUUGAACGAAAACUCCAAGCUGUCAAUGCUCCGGAAUGCUACCUGGACGUUGUCGAACUUUUGCCGUGGAAAGCCCCAGCCUCCAUUUGAGCAGUCGAAGCCCGCUUUGCCUGUCCUCGAACGCCUGAUCCACUCUACGGAUGAGGAGGUUUUGACUGAUGCUUGCUGGGCGCUGUCCUAUUUGUCCGACGGAACUAACGACAAGAUUCAGGCUGUCAUUGAGGCGAAUGUUUGUCGUCGGUUGGUCGAGUUGCUCCUGCACCCAUCGCCAUCUGUUUUGAUCCCUGCUCUUCGAACGGUUGGCAACAUUGUCACAGGAGAUGAUCAUCAGACGCAGGUCAUUAUCGAGAACCAAGUGCUGCCAUGCCUGCUUGCCUUGCUCACAACAAAUCACAAGAAAAGCAUCAAGAAGGAAGCGUGCUGGACAAUAUCUAACAUCACUGCUGGCAACAAGGAACAGAUUCAGGCUGUUAUUGAUGCCAACAUCAUUCCUCCAUUGAAGCACCUGCUGGAGACUGCUGAAUUUGAUAUCAAGAAGGAAGCGGCAUGGGCUAUUUCUAAUGCUACUUCUGGUGGCACUCAUGAUCAGAUCAGGUACCUCGUGUCCCAGGGCUGCAUUAAACCACUGUGCGAUCUGCUGCUCACUUCUGAUGCAAGGAUUGUAACUGUUGCGCUGGAAGGUCUGGAGAACAUUCUGAAGGUUGGAGAGGCAGACAAGGAGCUGGGUCAGACUGGAGGUGUGAACCUUUAUGCGCAGUACAUUGAUGAGGCUGAGGGGCUGGAGAAGAUAGAGAAUCUGCAGACUCAUCAGAACAAUGACAUCUACGAGAAGGCGGUGAAGAUUUUGGAGACCUACUUUGGGCUCGAUGAGGAUGAGGACCAACAACUUGCGCCUCAAGUUGACGCCAACCAGCAAACCUAUGCUUUUGGAGAAAGCCAGCCUAUGGCUCCCUCUGGUGGAUUCAACUUUGUCCAGCUCGUCACGCUGGCGUCCGCCGCCUCCCUGGCCUCUUUCGCCACUCGUGGGCUGUUCUCCGCCACAGCGCGCAACCGUCGUUCUUCCUCUCUGUCCAGAAGCCGUGAUUGGGGCGAGUCCAGGGUAUCCUUCUUCCACCAGCGCUUCCACUCGCAUCGCCUCACCAUGGCGUCCGCCCAGCAGUACAGCACGGAGGAGAUUCACAAGAUGUCGGACCAGGAGAAGAAGGAUUUGGAGCGUCACGUGCAGGAAGGGGAGACGGUGGUGAAGGGUGGCACUGGAGGCAAGUCACUGGAGGCCCAGCUUAACCUGGCUGAAGGGCGCCACAAGGGGGGCGAGAGGGGAGGGCAGGCGCGCGCGGAACAGAUCGGCAGCGAGGGAUACCAGGAGAUGGGGCGCAAGGGCGGGCUAUCUACCACGGAGCAAUCCGGCGGAGAGGCUGCUGCUGAGAAGGGUAUUGACAUUGACGAGUCUAAUUGUGCUCAGGAGUUGGAGAAGCGUGCAGAGGCAGGAGAGACAGUGGUGAAGGGGGGAACAGGGGGCAAGUCCCUUGAUGCUCAGCUGCACCUGGCUGAAGGUAUGAUCAUGACUCGUGACAGAUGA